AUGUCAGAGCUUAGCCUCGUCCCAGAAGAGAAACGACGAGAUCAAAGUUUGUAUUGCAGGGACUCACUGGAGAGCGUGUACAGUAGCAACUCCCGCCUCAACCUCCUGCACAAGCGCAAGCGACUCAACCUGUGCGUGGGCAUGUCCAACCAGUCGCUCAACCACAAGGGUGACAGAUACGUCACCCAGAGGGUGCUCUCCGCCAAGACCCAUAGGGUGAAGCAGCUGCAGAAUCAGUUGGCUGAUGCGCACUAUCAUUUACAAGAACUUAGCAACGAAAAUCGAGUGUUACGUGCUCUCCAAAAGAAACAAGAAAUCGCGUUACAGAGAUACGAGAACUCGAACGCGGAGCUGCCCCAAGUGCUGAACUCCCACAGCGAGGAGAUGCGCGUGCAGCAGAGCCGGUACAAGCAGCUGAAGCAGCAGCACCGGGACGCGGCGCAGCGGCUUAAGGAGCGGGACCUGCAGCUGCAGCAGCUGAGGGAUGAGCACCAGCAUCUGUUGGACUUGAGCAAGGACAGGAACUUGUUGGAACGCGAAAAGCUGCAGGCUCAGGUGGUUGAACUGACCGCCAAAGUGCAGCAACAGGGUGAAACUAUCAGCAUGCUGCAGCGACGCAUCGCGCUGGAAGCCAAGAACUUCAGGCACCAGCUGCAGGCGGAGAUCAAUAAGCACAAAGACACGAGACACGACCUGGACCUGGCCAUCACUAACGCUGACAAACUAUCCACUAUUAUCGAGAUGAAGGAAAAGAUGAUAAGUACAGUCGCAGGCAGAGCAGUGAAGUCUCCUACAAAGAUUCCGUCUACCAUCAACAUUGCGAGACCGAUUAGCAAGAGUGGGAGAGAGGCUGCCAGAGGGACUGACGAGAGAUCGAAUAUAAUACAGUUAGAACAAAACCUACUCGCCAAGCUAUGUGAGAAUUCACGGAAUGUCAGUAGUUCACUAUCGCACGAGGAAGACACAAGCUCAUCCACAGAACCUCGCUCUAGAUAUGUCUCCUCUCGAAGUUCUACCAGCACCCGAACAACGCCGAGCCAAAACCAAAACCGAAAAGGAUCAAAAGGUUCAGACGAAAUAAUAGAACUAGCAAAAACAGUACAAGAAGGCAUGGCUGACCUCACGAUAGUUGACGACGAUUUAAGAAAUUCUACUCCUGAGGAAAUGCAGAAAAGAAUGGAAGCAAUGAAGGCUGAUUUGUUAAAUAAAAUGAAGAAUAACGAAGAACCCGGUUCUAGAAAGCCUAGUGCUUUGAGAAGAAAAUCUAUGGAAGAGUCCAUUGAGGAACACAUUGAAGAAGUUGUGAUAGAACGUCCGAAAUCCAGAGGAAGAAGAGGUUCUACGGUUUCGUUUUACGACAGUUCAAGUUCUGAAAUGAACGCAGCAAGUAGCAGUACUGGUGAUGAUGAGAAAACAUUGUUAAAACGUGAGCUUAGCAUAACUGAUAAGAAAGCUACCGGGAAACCGAUAGACAAAUAUUGCAAAGACAUCAUUCAAGAUAUAGAGAAGAGCAGCAAAGUGAUAGAUAAUCACAUGAAACAGUUCACACAAACAAAAUUCGCUAGUGAUAAAUUGAUCGAGCAAUUGCAAGCGGUUGACACGUUGAAUGAAUUUGUGAACGGUGGUGGAGACAUACCACCAGAGGCAUUCAGCGAAAUGAACAAUAAUUUCAAAAUGCUCUCCGAACAAGUUUUUUCUGAAAAUGUUCCAGUGGCCCGUAAACGCAAUCUUUCUGGAAGAAAAAACUCCCGUAUAGAAUCUAGAACCAGUUUCCUCGGUGACUCCAAUAUGAGUAACCAGGAUUUGCUCGAGGAUUUGCUGGGCAAGAAAUGAUAUACGGCCCUUUUCAAUUCGUAACUGUAGUUGAAUUUUAUAAUGGACUAUAAUUAUGAAUAUAUGUACCUAAUAUAUUUAGAAUGAUUACGACUUUUUUCAUAAUGUUCUUUCAAAAAUUGUUUACAUAGUUUAAAUUUAUGCAAACAUCAUCCGUGAUGGACACAUUAAGUAUCUUUGAAAGAACGCAAGAUAACUGUAAAGCCCAGGUCAAAUAAAACAACGAAUGAUCUAUAAAUAAUGUAACGUGCAGUGCAGUUAUUCGUAGUACCUACGUGUAUAGUCGUACUUUUAGAAGCAAUGUUCGUUUAAAAUGCUGCCAAAAUAUGAAAAUAUAUGCGUACACCUUUUUGAUAAAAUUCGAAAAAAUUGCAUUUAACAAUAUUUGCGUGGCUAAGUACGUCAUUUACAGUACGAUGUCACCUCUUAAGUUUUAGAAAAGGUUAUUGUAAACUCUUAUUUAUUAUAUGAAAUUUUAAUAUUUUAAAUUGGCUAAUGACUUUCACACGAUUGUGUUGCUAUUUUUUAUUAUUCUCGAGCUUAGUUGAAAGAAUAAUUAUGUAACUGCGAGUUCGUAGGUUAGAAACAAAAAGGUCAUUGCAAUUAGUAUAAUAACACAUAAUAUAGUUAACGUCUGUUAUACUUCUUUGCAUGUGAAAUUGGUGAUACUACACAACAGCAUUUAAUGUUUGCAAUUUAAACUCGUACGAGAACUUCUCUACUAAAUCUAUUAUUAUUUCAUUCACCCUGUCUCGGUGCAAAGAAAUAUAAUGUACGAAGUGAAACAAUUUGUAUUGUAUAGAUAUUUUUAUACACGAAUAAAGUCGUAGCAAUAUACCGUUAUUUCUGUAGCUACGCGUUAAAUCUUGUGAAGAAAACGCGUACAUAAAUUAUGUUGGCACAAAUAUUUGUUUAGUAUCAACAAACAUUAUGCUUUGGAAUGUUUUACGAGAUUUAAAUGAUCGUUUAUGUGCACUGUGAAAUAAAUUAUGUUGAAUGCUAAUUUGGUGAUCAGCGCUCGCCCGAUGCAAAUGGCAUGUAGUAAACUUUUAUUAUAUAGUUUUAUUAAUACACUGUAUAUUGAACAUUUAACAAUGCGAAAUUGUUCUCAAAUGUUGCUAUAAAAGCAGCUUGAAGCGGAAACUUUUAAAUUAUUAUGUCGUUGACUGUUGUCGACAAUACAGACAUUGUAAGGGCCAGUGCACACCACGUUUUUUAACCGUGCAUUUCAUGCUACAUAGCAGCUGUUUGUUGCACAUAUAUUUAUUCAUCGUGUUCUAAAAUAUCCGCACUUAUGCCAAAUUUUAUCUUACUAAAUUCAAUAGUUUUUAAAGAGACGAAUAUUACCUUUCUCUUCUUUCACAUUCAUGCUCAUAAUAAUUAUAAUAUAAGUACAUACGUUACAUGUACCUACUAAUACAGCUACAACUGAGGUUUGUUUGAAUGCGAUCUCUGGAACUACUAAUUUUACAAGUAUAAUUUAAAUCGGAGACAUUAAUAAUUAUAACCUGAGGAGGGUCAGAGGCUAUUUAAAACUAUUUAUUUAAUUCUGUUAUUUUCCGGGUUAUAACCACUGCGAUUUUUAAAAGCUUUAGAAGCUAUAAUAAAGGUCUUUUAUAAUGGGGAUGAUGACUAGGUUUGAAUAUAUUGAUUUUUAUGAUACAUUCGGGUAAAUUGAGUCAAUGUUAACUAAUUUAUACAUAAAAAGCAAGAAUAUUUGCAAAAUAAAUGAGAUUAUAAAAUUUCAAAAUGUAUUAAAAAUCUUUUAUCGUAAUUAGAUGAAAAUUCAUAAAGUUUUAGCUUCUUUACAUUAAAUGUGACAUUUUUUAAUAUAUGAACUAUUAAUAUAAACGCACUAACAACAAAGAUUUUAGUAAUUUUGUUUGAACGCCCAUACAAAUCUAACGAUCAUUACAUUGCCUACGACGUCAUUAGUUCGUACCAUUUUGUAUGGGGCGUUUUUCAGGGAUCCGCGGCAGCGUCGCAAAUCUGACCCUUUAAAUCCCUGUAGCUCCGAAAGUAAUGAUCGCAGAUACCCUGUUCCUUUUACAAAAUUUCUUUACUAUUAGCAUACUCUUAAUUUAUAUACAAUUUGAAAAAACUGUCAUCAUCCCUAUUAUCCUUUCUUUCGUCUUUCGUAGCUAAGUCUGAGAACAAUUACGUAAUAGAAUCAAUUCAGCAGAUGAGUUUCCAAAGCUAUUUCUGCUGUAAUUGCCUGCCGCGUUCGGGCGAGCAAGAUUCUUUCACCUGCAAUAUUUAUCCAAGACGGUCGAUUGGAUUAUAUUUAUCUGUGUGAUUGUAGAUUUGUGGCGUCGAGUUCUUUAUAUUUAUUGUUAUUAAAUGUUUUACCUAUUUGAACGAGAUUAAAAUCUAUUUUUGUGGACUUUGUGUAUAUUUUUCAUGUAGCGAACGUAGUUAUGUACGUUCGUUGCGAAGCAAUAUU